CUGCCUGAGUUUGCAGUUGAGUGCACCAGAGCAGCACGGUUGCAUUAUAUAACUUUAAUGUACUCGCGGGUUUUAAGGGCUCAAGAAGUGAAUUUUCUGCGCUGUAGAUCUGUCGAUUGGUUGCGGAUUUUAUCCCGAUAUCGUUACAGCAAGUGACGGAUCGAUCACUUUCCCCCCUACAGGCGACGAGCGUAAAAAGUUAAUAUCGACAGAUCGGCGAAAAGGUGGUGGAUCCUGCCAGCUCCGGCGAGGUCAACGACGUUGUUGACUUUAGUUACAAAAUAGUUGAUAUUGCGGAGGAUGUUUUUGUGCCAUACGGGGAGAGAAACAACGACAACCCCGGCUGACAUUUCACCACUCAACGUUACAGCACGGAAGGCUUUUUAUAUGAGAGCUUGACUGUGUGGACGUAGCGUAAUUUCAUUUUUUCCAAAUCGGUGUGACGGGAGAUGACCUAACUGGUGCAGCCCACCUAAAUUACAGGAUAAAAAAAAAUGGAUCAAGGUGGACUGAAGCGCAACGGUAAUCGAGACGACAGCCUGACAUUUGGGGAGACAGCAGCCGGAAUAUGCAGAGAUACAGGUGACACAGCUGGUUCACUGCUCCAGUCUGCAAUGCACCUGUCCAGCCCUGUGUCUCUGCCCACAGUUGACCUAAAUGGACAGGGUGGAACCAAAGACCGGGCGCAGCUUGGAGGCCUCUUUGAGGCCCCUCAGCAUCAUGUCCUGUCUGAAGGGUCAGACAUGAAGGAGGGUAAACUCAUCAGAAUGCAGAAACCAUCACAACAACAUCAGGAUAUUGGUGUAAGCAACAUUGAGGGGAACUUGCCAUUGUUGAACCAGAAUAUUUCUGAUUUAGACCGGAUGUCCACCUCUGUCAUCAACACAUCUGACACCUCCAUCCUGGGCAACCUCCCUCUGCCCGACCUUUUUCCCCAGCACAUCAAGCAGGAGGGGAAUUUUCCUCUGGAUAAGGACUUAGGAACUUACAGCGGACUUGCAGGUGCUGGUCCGUGUGAUUUGGAUAGUAGUCGUCUAAUGGACGACAGUGAGAUUUGGCAAGACCUGGACCUUCCUAAUACGCUGCCAGAAAUCAGUGAUUUUGAGUUGGAUUCAGAAGUGGCCCACUUGGAUAACAUCCUGCAUGACAGCAGCAGUGUUGGCGGUCCUGUCAGCGGCUUGCUAAUAGAGACUAAGUCUCUCCUGGGUAACAAAGGAAACUGUACCAAUGUGAACGGUACAGAGAAGCAGCACCCCAUACACCAUCAGCAGCAGCAGCAGCAGCAGCAGCAGCAGCAGCAGCAGCAGCAUCUCCUCCUACAGCACCAGCAACAGCAGCUUCACCCUCAACAUCAGCAGCCCCCAUCACUUCUCUCCAGCGUUAUGAUCAAGGAGGAGAAGGAUCCCGACAACACUUUCAUUCACAUUUGCACUCCUGGUGUGCUCAAACAGGAAAAGCAAGACAGUACUUCUUUCUGCCAGUCACAGUGUCUCCAGAACAGCAUGAGCUCUCUUCAUGGAGGAGGCCCCAUGUCCUCACCUGUGGCCGUUGGCGCAGGAGCUGGCUACCACUACAGCGCUAACCCGUCCUCCACAGUGGGCCUACCAGACCAGAAGCCUUUUGGCAUGUACUCAAACCUGACUCCGGUGGGCGAGAGCUGGGUCAGGGGGAACAGGUAUGGAGAGGCUUCUAGGAUACAAAGGGGCGAUGAUGGGCUCCCCUCUGCCACAGCCCUGUCAAGUUUUGCUGUCAACUUCUCCAGCUCAUCACCUAGAACAGGAGAGGCCAGUAAUUCUGUGGUACCAAGCCAAUCCAAGCCCAGUGGGCAGACCCAUAAAAUCUGUUUGGUGUGCUCAGACGAGGCUUCGGGAUGCCACUACGGGGUUGUAACCUGCGGCAGCUGCAAGGUGUUCUUCAAGAGGGCCGUCGAAGGAUGGAGAGCACGACAAAACACAGAUGGGCAGCACAACUACCUGUGUGCAGGGAGAAAUGACUGCAUCAUUGAUAAGAUCCGCAGGAAGAACUGUCCAGCCUGCCGCUUCAGGAAAUGUCUUCAAGCCGGAAUGAACUUGGAAGCAAGAAAAAACAAGAAGCUAAUCAAGAUGAAAGUGCAACGGCCCCCUGGAUCAUCGGAGCCCAUCACCAACAUGCCUGUGCCAGUCAUCCCCAGGUGCAUGCCCCAACUUGUUCCCACCAUGCUGUCUGUACUCAAGGCCAUUGAGCCUGAGAUCAUCUACUCAGGCUAUGACAGCACACUGCCUGACACCUCUUCGCGGCUCAUGACCACUCUCAACAGGCUGGGGGGACAGCAAGUCAUCUCUGCAGUCAAAUGGGCCAAGUCUCUACCAGGCUUCCGUAACCUGCACCUCGAUGACCAGAUGACAUUGCUACAGUGCUCCUGGCUCUUCCUCAUGUCCUUCAGUCUGGGUUGGAGGUCAUAUGAGCAGUGUAACGGUACCAUGCUCUGUUUCGCCCCUGAUCUCGUCAUCAACAAAGAGCGUAUGAAGCUGCCCUUCAUGAACGAACAGUGCGAGCAGAUGCUGAAGAUCUGUAAUGAGUUUGUCAGACUGGAGGUGUCCUAUGAGGAGUACCUGUGCAUGAAGGUCCUGUUACUGCUCAGCACAGUACCAAAUGAUGGACUGAAGAGCCAGGCAGUGUUCGAUGAGAUCAGGAUGACGUACAUCAAGGAGCUGGGAAAAGCCAUCGUCAAGAGAGAAGAGAAUGCCAGUCAGAACUGGCAACGCUUCUACCAGCUGACUAAGCUACUGGACUCCAUGCAAGAGAUGGUCGACGGUCUUCUCCAGAUCUGUUUCUACACCUUUAUGAAUAAAACCCUCAGUGUGGAGUUCCCUGAGAUGCUGGCGGAGAUCAUCACCAACCAGAUACCAAAAUUGAAAGACGGGAGCGUCCAACCUCUGCUGUUUCAUCAGAAAUGACUGCCUUAAUCUGUAAAGCAAUGCCUUAAAUCUUGCCCUGCCCAUGUACCUCUCUGGGCCCUCAAGCCUGGGCUCGUCCUGCCUCCCCCAUCACUCUGAUUUGAUUCCUCAGUUUUUCCGAGCCCCCUCUAAGAAAUCUGCCAUGCCCCUUCAGGCCUCUGCCAUUCAGCUGCAUCACGGAGCACAAUACAUGUGGCCCCACGCCUCCUAAUCCUGUCCCAGGUUCGGCCAAACUACGGUAGGACAUCGUACCACCAACCUGUAGCCCUUCCUUUUGGCUAGCCAAGAAGAAUUUGGCCUCCAUUGGAAAUAUGUUGGCUCUGGAUGUCUCAUGGCAGAGUUCAUUUUAGGCAUUCUUUUUUUAUUUUAGCCCCCUCACCCGCUCCUCCGUCCACAGCCCUGUCCUCAGAUUUCUAAUGCUUUUUUUUUGGUGGCUGUCUGCCUCCAGUGUUUUACUGCUGUUUUCACUGACAAACCAACACCUCGAAACACUAUUUCCUCUCUCAACAUGACACAUGUUGUCUGACUUGCUGAAUUUGAAGCAUGCUCGAAGUUCAGGACUAACUGUUCCUCUGUUCACCUGCCCAGUUUGUCUCCAUUUGCCCUUCCCAGCUCCACUGCGCAGAGAAUGUAGUGAGUAUUCACUCAUCCUGGUUUCCAGAGGACUGUUGACAAAGGGGAUAAACAACAACAGAAAAAUUAGAAUCAUCCUCAUUACAAGAGAGACAUUUUUAUUUUUUUUAAUUCUGGACCCAAGGACAUUAAUGACGAACUGUUUUCAUCUGUGAACCAGUUAUCUUUCCUGACAUGAUACAAAUCAGAUUUAUAUACCUGACCAAUGAAAGAAAAAAAAGUUAUAGUAGAGAAAUAUCCUGUUUAUUUUAUGCAGACAUGCAUAUUUUGCCACACAAGGAAAAGUCAUGAUAAAAAAAGAAAAGUCACACUUACAGUACACACACGAACAUACAAUGUAUUCGCAGACACACAGCCACUCAGCUAAAUGUUUACACAGGAUGCAUCUGAGAAGGGAAAACCAGUGCCUUUUAGCUUUUAAAGCUCUUCAUAGCCAUCUUCUCCAAACUGUUGUGUUUUUUCGUUCUCUUUUUUUUUUUUGCGCCAGAAUCUAACUUUGAAAUCCUUCCACAUAUUUUGUCUGUUUUAGUUUUUCCAGACUGGCAAUUUCAGUUUUCUUUCCAAGCCGCCAUGUUGGUAUUUUUUUAUGUGGGCAGCUCUUCUGUCUGUUCUGAUCCCAGACGUGAACGUAUGGAAAACAGCCUAUGGUACAGAUCACAACAGUGUAGAGCAGUGUAGAAUGAAAUAUUAAGAUCUUCAUUAUUAGGUCUUGAAAAGUUUAAGAAUCACUCAAAAAGUCAGGAACAUGCUGUUUAAGUCACUAAACACAUGUCAUAUAUUUAUAUUUGAAAAAUAUACAGCAUCUCCCUAUUAGUAUCACAUUGUAUUGAAAGUUACAGUGCCCAAACAAAUACAAACCAAACAGACACAAGUUUAACUGACUCUGUAUGAAUUCUCUGAACAUAAGGACCUUCACCAUGUAAAAAAACAAACAAAAAAAACAUGAUUGAUGAAAAUAUCGGGUUUCUCUCAAAAUAUCAUUUUAUAUUAUAUAUACACUUUAAUCAGCUUAAUCUCAAAGCAUUUGAACAAACAGAACAAGAACUGGGAAAAAGAAAAGCCUAACUAAAAAAAUCAUAUAUAUAUAUAUACACACACACAUAGGUUUUGUUUAUGAAGUGUGAAAAUAUGUGAGACUAUACCCAUAAAUACCUAUAAAUCUCAAAAGUACCUUGGGAUUAAACCUCUAUUCUGGGCACAUGAUUUCACCUCUAAAGUUGAAAUAUUUUUGGAAGAAUUGUGCAGUUUGGUCCAAAUAAUUUGUGAAUCAAAGCUCAGGCUAUGAGUGAAUACAUUACUUCGAUGUGUUCCACUAGUGCCAAAUGUCACAGCAAGUUAAUGUCCUUUUUUUUCUUCCUUGGAGAUGUGAAAGAGUAAUUAUUCUGUUGUGAUUCGACAUUAUGUGGUUGUUGUAACUUUGCUUCAGGGUGCUCAUUUAUGAGAAAGAUCUGAUUUCUGUGUCACACCUACACCAGCUUAAAAGUACUGAUUGUUAUCAUCCAAGUUAUAUAAGUGUAUGAUAGCCUUUAUUUUAGAGAUGCACAAAAUAUUGUAUUUUUGAAAUUGCAAACGAGGCUGUAAUUUCUACCACUGUCGAACAGGUGGAGUCAACAUUUGGUACAUUUGUAAUGUGAAAACAUGUCCGUACCAGCUUAUGUGAUGGCCAAAGCAAAACGCAUCAGCAGUGCAGUUUGUACAUUGGCUUCUGCUGGAAGUGCAAAGACAGUGCACCCUCCCCAACACCCCCAACACCCUGCACCACCUCAAAUGUAGUCCUACUUUUCACCUGUGUUUCUUGUAACUGGUGUCUCUGCCUUAAAUGUUGACCAUAUAGAUUUUCAGCUGUUUACUCUGAAUGGUACUCCUCCCCUCUGCAUCAUAUAACUCUGAAUGGCAGUUAACAGACCAGGUAGGAGGUUGCCAUAGAGACCGGUCAUUUGUGUGUUACUCACAGCUAACAGCACAGCAGGCUCUGGACACAUACAAGCCACCAUUCAAUAAGAGCCAUCAUGUUUUUAAUCAGCCAUUCUGCCAGAAGGAUGGUCACUCGCAGCAGGGUUGUUUCGUGUACAGUGCAGCUUUACCCGCUAACAUGGUCCCGUGGCCUUGUGCUGUAAAGAAUAUGGGUUUUAAGCCGCUCAUGUCAUUGUCAAUUAUUCUGGGGAAGAUUUGACUAAACUGUCUGUUUGUUUGGGUAACUUUUGCAUACAGUAUUACAGUUGUUUCCAGGUGGUGGUGCUUCAGAAAACCAGCUUUAACGUGUAGAUGUAACAUUAUCCCUGCUCAUUUCUAAAUGGCCAUAGGUGUAUAUAGCAGAGCUGACAUAUCCUGUGCAAUGUAAACAGUGUCUAUUAUUAAAAAAAAUAUUUUUGACAUGGACAUAAACAACCUCUAUACUCCUAUACAUUUUUCUCUUUUACCUUUCAGCUACACGUUCGAAUAAAGGCCUUGCGAAAGGGAGACAGAGAGCCAUAGAAAUAAGAUUUCAAAUCAGGAAAUAGAACCUUGACAAAUAUCAAUGCUUUUCAAGAUUGAUUUAUUGUAAAAAAAAAUAUAUAUAAUAAAAAAUAAAAUAAUAUAAAUAAUAUUUUCUGCGAUUUUGAAUACAUCAACUUGAUCCUCUUUGAUAUGAAUAAUUGUACUCAAUCCUUUUUGUACAUUGAAUGAGUCGAGAAAGUAAAUAUUUUUCUGUUUGUUGGUUUGUGUUUGAUAAAAGGUAGACGUGUUGAAUACAUUAGAAAGUGUUAAACAUAUUUGUCUUGUGAAGUAAAUGUAAAUUCUACAAGUCGUUGGGGAAAGUCUACAUGAACGCUCACUGUGUUUUAAAGUUAUAAGGAAACGAGGGCGGGAGGAAUGGAAGGUGACACGGAAUGGACAAGGUUUUGCGUUAUAUCAGUGACCAAAGCAGGGGAGAAAAGAAAAAAAAAACAAAAAGAAGUAUUCAAGCAGUUACAUUUUAAGCAGCACUUAUUAUCCAACUUCUAGUACUUCUUAUUUUAUUUGAAAGGUAUAUUUUGUAAAGGCUUUGGAUCCCAUGUAUAUUGCUGUGAGGAUUUACUGGUCACUUUAAAAUAGAAAACAAAACAAACAAAGAAAAAAAAAAGAAAAAAAAGUUGAAUCUCCUUGUGAAAGUAAAUCUACCAGAGCCUGAUGGAAUUGCACUACCCUCAUACUGGUUGAUAAAAGUCUAUUUUGUAUAAAAUACAUGCAAAUAUUAUCUUUAAAGAUUAAGGGCAGAUCAUGUUUCACUGGUAUAUAUGGCUAUGGCUUUCAUUGAAGUCUGUUUUGUUCGUAUUUCAGUUAUGUAAAUGUAAUCCAAUGUAAAAACAAAAAAUAUAAAAUGUUUGUUUGAAACAAUAGUUUGUAUUACUUCUGUAUUACACCUCUUCUGUAGUCAGUGUCAAUAUUUUCACCUAUUUGAUUAAAUGUUGAAUUAAUUUAUCUGUGUGGUUCUUUGACAUUGGAUUUGACAUUGUGUUGGUAACAACUUGGAUGAUGUUUUUUUUUUGUCAUUGCUGGUUUUAAGUGGAAAUUUGGAAGAACUGAUUUCUCUUUAGUUCAAACAUCUUACAUAAUAAAGUUUCCUGUUUUUCAACGCUCA